AUGUCCUCUCAGGACGGCCAGCCUCCUCCUCCUGCAAGCCAGCUACCCCUUCGCCUGCAAACCUCAUUCGAAACCAAGAACAGCCAACCCGCAAGCGCAUCAUCGCUCUCUCCAGUCGAACCCAACUCAGCCACCCCCGUCUUCGAUCCGCACCAGCAACAACCGUACACCAACCCUGUCUUCCUCAACCGCCGAUCCUCAAGCGUCGCCCUCGCCUUUGCCACCCACCCCCCUUCCGAGAAACCCUGGCAUGGUGGGCCUGGUCGAACCACCGUCAGCGGUGGGGGCGGCCCCCAGGGUAGGGAUAUCAUCGACACCAACCUCAACCAACUCAAUCUCAACAACAACCAGAACUCUAAGCCAGAAAACCAGCAGAUCAAUAACCCAAACCUGGCCGGCCCCGCUAUCAAUCAGAACGACAACAUCGCGAAUAAUAGUAACAUCACCCUUAACCAGCUCAAACUCAACAAGGGAUCAAACAAGGAGCGCCCAAUGGUUUACGACUUUCCAUCAGUCCAUUCUCAUCCUCCUCACAUCCCUGCUCCCCAUCCUGCCGAUCAGCAGCCCCCAUCAGCUGUCGAUUGUGAUACAUUAACCAAUGAGCUCGAUGAAUUCUAUUCAUACGUCGAGGUCCCUGGUGUCCUCGAAGGGCGCGAUACUUGGGAGUACGAUCCUGAAUCUAACCAUCAACAGCCCUCAGCUCAGCAGAAACCGGGCUCAACCAAAACCUGGCGUGAAUGGUCUCGAGAGAAGCUGAAGGUCGAACUCGACUGGGUCCAAGCUUCCUCUACCAUCCAGAAGAGUUAUAUCAUCCAUCUACUCGACCGACUCGAAGAUAAAGAUCCCGAGAUCCGUUUUGAUGCAGCAAGGAAGAUACUCUAUAUCGCCCAAGGUACCUUUGCCCACUCCACUUCCACCGAGCAUCACGUCCAGCUCGUCAUCUCAAACGCUCAACUCUUACGAGAGGCCGGCGCAUUGGAAGCCAUCUUUGUCGCCCUCAAAGGCGUCGGUGGUCGUCAUGAUUGGAUUAGCAGCCUACCCGAAGCACCUGAUCCCAACUUAUCAUUCUCACCCACCGGCCCCUACUUGGAUGCUCAUGAUCGUCAAGCAUUCCUCGAAGAGAUCAAUGGCGAACUAGCUAUCCAUCUGGCCGUACUAUACUUCAUGGUCGAAGUCUUCAGGGGUGACGACUCCUGGGGCGAAGAAUUGAUGGGUUUAGACCCCCCACUACCGAUCUAUAUGCUCAGUCUGGUUGCUGGUCUGCGCGAGAAAAACGCGAAGGGGUACCCAGUCAAAAAACUCCUACUUUUGCUAUGGAAAACUAUGCUUGUCACCCUCGGUGGUAUGCGCGAUGUCGACCGUGUCAAGAAGAUGGUCCGAUCCAUCGAAAGCCUGCCACCCAACCAGUCUACUCCUGCGAGUUCUUUCAAAGUCUCCCCGCUCGAUUUCUACACUUUCAGAAAAGAGAUCAUCACGAAAUACCCCACCUAUGUUCCGCCAGACGUAUCCGAAAUCUAUCUUGCUCGACUCGCUGCUGCCGCCGCACCCACCCCCAUCCGACCUAGUGCCAUGUACCACCCCGCUAAUUCUACCAUCCCGCAUGACCCCUCUGGGCAGAUCAAAGCUCUACCCAAUAACAACCUUCAACCCGGCACUCCAGCCCCCUCUCCACCACCCUCACCCCAGCAGAAACUUAAGAAACAGCAAUUUCAAACAGAUCAAACUCGACCUUUCGUGCUACCUUUCUCGGCUGCCAACGCAAAAAUGAGCAGUAAUGGGGUACCCUCUCUUGUCCCCCGAAGUAUCGAUGAGGCAGGUGAACUAUAUAUGAGUCAUCUCAGAAUCAGUACCGAACUGUGGCAAACCUGGAAGGUUCGAGAGGAAUUUAUGGCUGAUGAAUCCGGGCUUGCCAAAGUUGAAGCCUGCGCUGAAGCUAAUUGGAACAAAUCACUCGAACGAGACCCGAUCCAAAACAUCACAGACAAAAUAUCAACUAUGGCAAUGGACCAAACUACAUCGUUCUCGUUCCCUACGAAUAUCGAUGACCAACCGCCACUUCCCGAUUCCUUACAGAUGCUGAUUGAGUUGGAGGAACGGAUUUGGUGCGAUGUUACGACGGCUGAGCAGCUGAAUGAUCACGAAACCGCUCAGAAGUUGAAACAAGAUGCCUUAGAUACCCGAAGACUCCAGCGCGUCGAGCUGCUGUAUCGGAGUAUCCUCCCGCAAAUGCAAAGCGCUGUGAUCGUCCUCCUAAAGCUACUGCUAGCCACCGUGACAGCAAACACCAACUCAAAUAACUCCAAUGAAUCCGAGCCACAGAAGCCGCCUCCCACGAUCGAAGACAUUGACAUUCUCAGACAUCGUGAAAUCACUUCCAAGGCGGUUUCAGCUAUCUUGAUCUUAACACUCAAAUGGUUCAAGGCCUCCCAUGUCAUGAAAUUUCACUAUCUGGCCCAGUUGUUGGUUGAUUCAAACUGCUUGCUACUGAUACUGAAAAUGUUCGGCUUGCAAGAGGUUGCAGUACAAGUCAAAACAAAAAACGAGUGCGAGGACUACAAUUUUUUUCGGUACUGUGCGUUGUACGGCUCACGUUUUCCCACAGAACCUUGUCCUGAAGAGUCCCCUCUGCAGCGAAACCCAACUCCUCUUGUCGCAAGAUCGGCUCGCCAGUCAGACGACGACGUCGAAGUGAUUACUGACUACUCUUGGAGAAAUUUCUUCUCUACCAUCAACUUUGUUCACAUCUUACAAAAGUUGACCAAGGGUCGGGUGCAUCGGAUCCUAUUGCUUGUUCAAUAUAAAAGCUCGGCUAUUUUGAAGCGCAUCCUGAGGGCUAACCAACCUACUUUACAGCUGUACGUGUUGAAAGUGAUUAAAAGCCAAGUGCCUUUUUGUGGAAGAAAGUGGCGACAGGCCAACAUGAAAGUGAUCACUGCGAUUUACCUCAACUGUCGGGCAAAUCUGCGGGAUGAGUGGCUCUUGGGAGUGGAUCUCGAUGGAGAAGUUGAAGACUCGUUCCCGCAAGAGCAAGCUUUGCGAUCGCUUGUUAGCUUUUACAACUGCAAGCACUACUCAGCCUUUGCACCUCAUUUGUAUCGCCGCCCUUCAAAUUCAGUGGCUAAUCCGGCAGAUGGCCCUACCAACAAUGCUCAAACGACAGGUCAUCAAGGUGAUCGUCAAGGUGGCCUUAACGGGCCCCAGGCUGCACAAUCACCACACGCAUCCGCAGAAUCGGAUGUAUUUCCACCAGUGCGAUCGUUUCAUGACAACACGCGAUCUUCUGACCCAAGCACAACGAUCGAUGGAUUCUUGGAGGAUUAUGAGGUUGAAAGCCUUUUCUACCCACAUUACUCGGUUUCUAGUAACGGCUUGUUGGAGCGAAGCGAUGAUGCUGCAACAUCUGCGUGGAACCGACUUGGCGAGCUGCUCGGCGAUUUUGACGACAUAUCGGAUAGUGAGAGUAUAGCCUCGAUUGGCUAUCUCGGGGGCGAGUUUGGUUCUGACGGUGGCGUGUCAUCGCUAGAUGAAUUCAAGGAUGAAGAUAACCAGCAGGAUCGUAGGGCGGAGUGGGAGCACUUGUCACCGGAGACGAUUACGGCACUAGAGGAAGAACGGAAGACGUCUGAAAACCAGCACGGCUCGCCCUCCCAAAUCCCUCGACGAAAGAAGAGCAGCGAGCCCAAGAGCCCCGCCCUACGACCGGUGGUGUUUGAUGGUCGCGAUGAUGACGAGGUGACAGAUCAAAUCGAACGGGAGCGAGUCUCGCAUCAUCUUGAGCUGACCGGUAGUCCCCGGGCUUCAUCACAUCGUUCGCCACAUUUCGGACCUCAAUCCCCGCUGAAUGCUUCUCAUCACAGUGGGCCGGCCGUCGAUGAAGUCGAGCUGAUCUUUGGAGAGUAG